AGUGAUUUGUUUAAAUCAUUUUAAAUCGUAGUGAGAAGAGGCCCGCCAGAAUCAAUGAGUACCAUAUGCUGGAACUGUCGUGGGUUGGGCAACCGACGAACAGUUCAGGAAGUGGCAGAAUUAAUUUCUGCCAAGAAGCCCGAGUUUGUGUUCCUUAUGGAAACCAAAGGUUCUCGUGUUGCUGCGGAAGAGCUGCGUGUUCGUAUUGGUUUUCAUGGUCUUUUUGUUGUGGAUAGUGUGGGUAAGAGUGGUGGCCUUGCUAUGCUUUGGCGUUCCAACCAUACUGCGCGUCUUAUUAGUUAUUCCCGUUUUCAUGUUGAUAUUGAGGUUUUGUCUCUGCACUCCUCAUCUUGGCGUCUCACUGGUUUUUACGGCAACCCAAGAAGAGAUCAGCGACACUUUUCUUGGGACCUUCUCCGAUCCUUACGCGAUAAAUCUUCCCUCCCGUGGUUAGUCAUUGGUGAUUUUAACGACCUGUGUUGGGCUGCUGAGAAGCGAGGAGGUGAACCACAUCCUCAGGCUUUAUUUGAAGGUUUUGUGAGGGUUCUUGAUGAUUGUAAUUUAUUCGAUAUCAGUAUGCAAGGUUAUCCUUUCACGUGGGAAAGAGGAUGGGGCAAAGAGUGGUGGGUUGAGGAAAGAUUGGACCAGGCUGUGGCUAAUGGGGCUUGGCGUAUACUCUUUCCACAAGCAGGUGUUUUCAACAAUCUCAUGCGGACGUGUGAUCAUUCAGCACUGUAUCUUUGUUUGGACACUGUCUCUUUGCAACCGGUAAAGAGACAAUUCAGAUUUGAGAAUACUUGGGUUCGGGAUGAGAGUUAUCAGGACGCUCUCAAAGCCGCAUGGGGAGGAACAUGUUCUGUGCCCUUCUUGGCUCGGCUUGAACAGUGUGGUAAGGAUCUCAAGACUUGGGGUGGUUAUCUUUUCCAGAAGUUUGGGAAACGCAUUAAAGAAUUGAAGAGUGUGGUGGAGAGGUGGAGGGGGCGUAGGGACCCGGAGGGUUUAAAGGAAUUUCUUGAAGCAGAUAAGGAGCUACAGAAGGUGCUGGACCAGGAGGACAUUUAUUGGCGUCAAAGGGCAAAACAGCACUGGCUUCGCUCUGCUGAUUCCAACACCCGCUUUUUCCAUCAGUAUGCUUCUCACCGUAAACAAAAGAAUUGGCAGACACGGGAGACUUUGCGAAAGUUAAUUUUCUCUUUCUAUGAAAGGCUGUUUAGCACUGAGGGAGGGGUUUGGCAACUUCUGAGAGUUGAUAUUUUUCAAAUUGGGGCAUUGUCUUUUGAAGCUUGGUUCCAAGGGGUUACUUGCUCUACCUCAAGCCUUGAACUUCAGAAGAUAUCUUGGACUAUCUGGUCAAUUUGGAAAGCCCGUAAUAGAGCUGUGUGGGAACAUAUGGUACAACAUCCAAGGUCUACGAUUGUGCAGGUGGAGGCUUUUCAACGGGGGUGGACUGAUGCGGCUACCUCUUUGAAGAGUGGAGGUUCUGUUGUUGCAGUUCCAGGUGCUGUUUUCCAACCCAACACUGCUGUGACAGGGGGUGAGUUGUGCUUUGUGGAUGCUGCUGUUUUCCCACAGUCUGAAGCCAUGGCAUGUCGUGAGGCAUUACUCUGGUUGAAAGGUAAGAGGAUUCGUGCAUUCAAGCUUUUCUCUGAUUGUCUUCAAUUGGUCACGGCUAUUGAGCAAUGGGAUCGUGGCCCCUUUUCUUCAUAUCUUGGUAAAGGGGUGGAUGAAAACAUACUCCUCACCCAAGAGAUGAUCCAUUGUCUAGACAAUGCAUCUGGUAAUGCCAACAUUGCUAUCAAGGUGGAUUUUGCCAAGGCUUUUGACAGAAUCUCCUGGGGAGUUUCUUGAGAAAGUUCUCAGCUCUUUUGGCUUCUCUCACUUAUCCAGUAAACUGCUCUUAUCUACUCUUAAGGCAACUUUCUUCUCCAUCCUCAUUAAUGGAUCACCACACGGUUUCUUCAUGAUGAUGAGAGGGGUCAAACAAGGAGACCCCCUCUCCCCCCUCCUCUUCAUUAUUGGAAAUGAAGGUUUAAGUAGGUU